AUGGAUUCGAUGGAUAAUUAGUUUUAGGAAAAAUUUUAAUAGUUGUUAAAGCUUAAAGAAAUCUAUUCUACUCGUAAUGUCUUACCAGAAAGAAUUUAGAGAUUGAAACUGGUUGAUAUCAAUUUUUAAAUCAAAUAUAUUCGAUAAAAACAACAAAAUAGAUUUAACUAAAUAAUUAACAAUUCAAUUGCUUCUCAACAUAUACCAAAAAAGUAAUCAACUGAAAGAAGUUUCUCUAAUUAAUUGAGUCAUUUGAAUAUUGCUGAUUAAUAGAAUAUUUGUUUAAAUUGUGAAAAGUAUAUUUUUGAAAAGAAAGUAACAUUAUUUUGCCAAAACAAAUAUAGUCAUAACUACCACUCAAAUUGUUUAGCAAAUAUUAUGAAAUAGCAAUUAGCUAAUUAAUGUAUCAUAUUCUAAUGUUUAUGUAAAAGCUAAAUAAAUAAUGGAUAAAUCUCAAAAUAAAAAAUAUUAGAAUUAGAUGUUUACAUAAAUAGAUUAAUGAUAAAUUAGUUAAGCUAUUUAAAAACUCAUUGCUAAUAUAUCAAAUAAUGUGCAAAUAAAGAUUGUGAUUUUUUUUGGAUCUAUAAAUAACAAUAAAAGUAAAUAAGAUCCCGUUCUAACUCUCCUGUUAAAUCUUAUAAAAUUACAUAUACAAAUUAUUGUCCAGAUUGUAGAUUUUUGUGA